CCUCCCCAAUGCAGGAGGUGAUUAAUGGUCAAGGAUGGGGGAAGGGCACGGGAGGGGGGAGCUUUAAGUGCUACUUUUUGCUGUAGAAUUCAAACUGCUGCACAGCACUUCGCAGCAGGUGUGUGUACGCGUGCGCGCUGGCAGCCGGGUCCGGCUAAACUAAAGCCUCGACUUGUUCCGCCUCGUCCGGCCUUGCGAGAAGCGACCCACCAGGAAAAGAAGGUGUCCGUGACGGUCUCCGUGGCCAUGAAGAGCGCGAAGACGAUCCAGUACAUCAUCCACCGCACCUGGGGAGCCACGAGAAACAAAAAUUAAUAUAAGCAAGAAAAUGGUAAGGGAACAGCUAUUCGACCUUGAUGAGUAUGAAUCACGAGAACCCCACAGAUUACAUCCCAGAAUUCCGAAGAAGCUGGCAGAUGUUGCCUCAGAACCAUGGCACCACGUCUUUCAAAAAUCCUGGAGCACCGGGGAAGUACCUGAGGAUUGGAAAAGGGAAAAAAACAGACCCAGGAAACUACAGAUCAAUCAGUCUAACAUCAAUACCUGCGAAGAUUCUGGAAAAGAUAAUCAAAAACAGAUCUGCGAACAACUAGAAGCAAACAAAGUUAUAACAGUCCUAACCAGCAAGGUCCAGAAUGAAUGUGCCAAGGGGGCAGCAUACUGGUGCAGCAACUUAAUGACAGCUAUCAAGUGUGGUGCUUUGGAUCACUGUGUCCAGAAUGGGUGGAAUCAAGCCAGCAAUGAGAGUGUCUGGAACAGAAUCAGCAAUGACGACAUGUGUGCAGACUGCAAACAGCUUAUCUCCAUCCUUGUGCGCAUGGCCAAGGAAUCAACCUUUAAGGAAACUCUCCAGAAGUAUUUAGAGCAUGAAUGUACCAAUUUGCCACUUCAAACACUUAUCCCACAGUGCCAGGCCUUGGUGAAGGACUUCUUUGCCCGUUUAAUUGCCAGCCUGGAAGAACAGUUUGACCCCAGCAUCAUUUGUGCUCAGUUGGGAGCCUGUCCAGCUGACCUUCUGGGAAGCAAAGAUGGGUUGAUGCAGCUGCUCACAGGGCUAGAGCAGCUCCUUCUACUACUGCCAGGCCAGAUGCCCAUCCUGCCCAGUGGCCACACUCAGGAGUCCCCCCAAGAACUGCUGCCCAUCCCCCUGCCUCUCUGCUGGUUGUGCAGGACGUUUAUUGGCAAGGCUGAGUCUGUCAUCCCCAAGGCCGCUAUAGGCAAAGCCAUGUCCAAACUCUGCUACAUUCUGCCAGGGGCUGUGGCUGGCAUGUGCCAGUGUCUGAUGGAGAAAUAUACGGUGAUCAUUGUGGACACAAUUGUGAGCAAGCUGGGCCCACGCCUGAUCUGUGGAAUGAUGUUCAUGUGUGCCUCAGAGGAAAACUGUGGUCCAGAGAGCCUGUUGCCGGCUACAGCCGAGGGAUGUCAGAUGUGUCUCAUGGUCAGUGACCAAGUGAAGGCAUCUCUAAGAGCAAAUCGCACCAGGAGAGCAGUGGAGGCAGCCUUGUCCACGGCCUGCAGCCGUUCCUUUUCCUUCUGGCCUCAGUGCAACCACUUCAUCCAUCAGCACCAGCCAAAGCUGUCUGCACUGUUAAUGAAGCCCUGGGACUCCCAAGCUACCUGCCAGAUUAAUGAAGUGGAAUUGACCCACUUGCAGAGAGCUGCCUGCAAAUGGGUUAGUUUAAGAAAAGGAACUGGGCGCCUGCGGAGCCGAGCAGCUUUUGCCGAGCGCCACUCCCUGUGCCCAGGGACCCACUUACUGGUGCUCCAGCCUGAGUGCAGCCAAGCAAUGCAAGGCUAUACAGCAUUGCCAGGAUCACGCAUGGUUGUAAACGAGCAAGGAGGGCCCUGCUUAAGGCAGGACAGCUCUGCUUCUCUCACCUUUGAUUGCUGAUGAAGAAAAUAUUCUCAACUAUUAAAAUUAACCUCCAGAGCACACUGA